AGGUAGCAGGUUCGGCUGCGCGGGGGCCCGCGCGUCGGAGUUUCCCCCUUUCUAGAGUGAGGAUGGUUUUACACGACAACCCAGAGUUCUUUAGUUGAAAGGCAUUUUGAUUGGCUGUCUUUUUACAGCAUGGACAUCAAAUUGCUGAAAACAUGCUUUGGGACUGGCACUGAAUUUAUCUUUUGCAGUUUUAAGACAAACUUAUUAGUAGUUCUCCUUUUUUUGAAUUAAUAUUUUGAAGAUACUAUCACAAUGAGUUCGGGCUUAUGGAGCCAGGAAAAAGUUACUUCGCCCUACUGGGAAGAGCGGAUUUUUUACUUAAUUCUUCAAGAAUGCAGCAUUACAGACAAGCAAACGCAAAAGCUCCUUAAGGUACCCAAGGGGAGUAUAGGACAGUACAUCCAAGAUCGUUCUGUGGGGCACUCCAGGAUUCCUUCUACAAAAGGCAAGAAGAAUCAGAUCGGACUAAAAAUCCUAGAGCAGCCCCAUGCAGUUCUCUUUGUUGAAGAAAAGGAUGUAGUGGAAAUAAACGAAAAAUUUACAGAGUUGCUUCUGGCCAUUACCAAUUGUGAGGAGAGGUUUAGUCUGUUUAAAAACAGAAGCAGACUAAGCAAAGGCCUCCAGAUAGAUGUGGGCUGCCCGGUGAAAGUGCAACUACGAUCUGGGGAAGAGAAGUUUCCUGGAGUCGUGCGCUUCAGAGGACCCUUAUUGCCCGAGAGGACGGUUUCGGGAAUAUUCUUUGGAGUAGAAUUGCUGGAAGAAGGUCGUGGCCAAGGUUUCACUGAUGGGGUAUAUCAAGGAAAGCAGCUUUUUCAGUGUGAUGAAGAUUGUGGUGUGUUUGUUGCGUUGGACAAGCUAGAAAUCAUAGAAGAUGAUGACAAUGGAUUAGAAAGUGAUUAUGCAGGUCCAGUGGACACAAUGCAGGUUGAACUUCCCCCUUUGGAAAUAAACUCCAGAGUUUCUUUGAAAGUUGGAGAAACAAUAGAAUCUGGAACAGUUAUAUUCUGUGAUGUUUUGCCAGGAAAAGAAAGCUUAGGAUAUUUUGUUGGUGUGGACAUGGAUAAUCCUAUUGGCAACUGGGAUGGAAGAUUUGAUGGAGUACAGCUUUGUAGUUUUGCAAGUGUUGAAAGUACAAUUCUAUUGCACAUCAAUGAUAUUAUUCCAGCUUUAUCAGAUAGCGUGACACAGGAAAGGAGGCCUCCAAAACUUGCCUUUAUGCCUAGAGGUGUUGGGGACAAAGGUUCAUCCACUCAUAAUAAACCAAAGGCUGCAGGAUCUACCUCAGACCCUGGAAAUAGAAACAGAUCUGAAUUAUUUUAUACCUUAAAUGGGUCUUCGGUUGACUCACAGCCACAAUCCAAAUCAAAAAAUACAUGGUACAGUGAUGAAGUUGCAGAUGACCCUGCCAAGUCUCUCACAGAGAUAUCUUCAGACUUUGGCCAUUCUUCACCACCGCUGCAGCCUCCUUCUGUGAACUCACUGUCCAGUGAGAACAGAUUUCACUCUUUACCUUUCAGUCUGACAAAGAUGCCCAACACCAAUGGAAGUAUCGGCCACAGUCCGCUUUCUCUGUCAGCCCAGUCUGUGUUGGGAGAGCUGAACAAUGCACCUGUCCAGGAGAGUCCUCCCUUGGCCAUGUCUUCUGGUAACUCACAUGGUCUAGAAGUGGGCUCCUUGGCUGAGGUGAAAGAGAACCCUCCUUUCUAUGGGGUAAUCCGUUGGAUUGGUCAGCCACCCGGACUCAAUGAAGUACUAGCUGGACUGGAACUGGAAGAUGAAUGUGCAGGCUGCACUGAUGGAACCUUUCGGGGCACUCGGUACUUCACCUGUGCCCUGAAGAAGGCACUGUUUGUGAAACUGAAGAGCUGCAGACCUGACUCCAGGUUUGCGUCACUGCAGCCAGUCUCCAAUCAGAUUGAACGCUGUAACUCUUUAGCAUUUGGAGGCUACUUAAGUGAAGUAGUAGAAGAAAAUACUCCACCAAAAAUGGAAAAAGAAGGUUUGGAGAUUAUGAUUGGAAAGAAGAAAGGCAUCCAGGGUCAUUACAAUUCUUGUUACUUAGACUCAACUUUAUUCUGCUUAUUUGCUUUUAGUUCUGUUCUGGACACUGUGUUACUUAGACCCAAAGAAAAGAAUGACGUAGAGUAUUAUAGUGAAACUCAAGAGCUGCUGAGGACAGAAAUUGUUAAUCCUCUGAGAAUAUAUGGAUAUGUAUGUGCCACAAAAAUUAUGAAAUUGAGAAAAAUACUUGAAAAAGUAGAGGCUGCAUCAGGAUUUACCUCUGAAGAAAAAGAUCCUGAAGAGUUCUUGAAUAUCCUGUUUCAUCAUAUUUUAAGAGUAGAACCAUUAUUAAAAAUAAGGUCAGCAGGUCAAAAAGUACAAGAUUGUUACUUCUAUCAAAUUUUUAUGGAAAAAAAUGAGAAAGUUGGAGUUCCUACAAUUCAGCAGUUGUUAGAAUGGUCUUUUAUCAACAGUAACCUGAAAUUUGCAGAGGCACCAUCAUGUCUGAUUAUUCAGAUGCCUCGAUUUGGAAAAGACUUUAAACUAUUUAAAAAAAUUUUUCCUUCUCUGGAAUUAAAUAUAACAGAUUUACUUGAAGACACUCCUAGGCAGUGCCGGAUAUGUGGAGGGCUUGCCAUGUAUGAAUGUAGAGAAUGCUAUGAUGAUCCAGAUAUCUCAGUGGGAAAGAUCAAGCAGUUCUGUAAAACCUGCAAUGCCCAAGUCCACCUUCAUCCCAAGAGGUUAAACCAUAAGUACAACCCAGUGUCACUUCCUAAAGACUUACCUGAUUGGGACUGGAGACAUGGCUGCAUCCCUUGCCAGAAGAUGGAGUUAUUUGCUGUUCUCUGCAUAGAAACAAGCCACUAUGUUGCUUUUGUGAAGUAUGGGAAGGAUGACUCUGCCUGGCUCUUCUUUGACAGCAUGGCUGAUAGGGAUGGUGGUCAGAAUGGCUUUAACAUUCCUCAAGUUACCCCAUGCCCAGAAGUCGGAGAAUACUUAAAGAUGUCCCUGGAAGACCUGCAUUCCUUGGACUCCAGGAGAAUCCAAGGCUGUGCACGAAGACUUCUCUGUGAUGCAUACAUGUGCAUGUACCAGAGUCCAACGAUGAGUUUGUACAAAUAACUGGGCUUCUCCGGAGAGGUGAAGAGACUGAAGGCGGAGAUUCAAGGUUGUGUUUCAUCCAAGCUGAUGGUUCUGUUCAGCGUCCAUUGCCGGCAAUGGAUGUCUUUGUGGUGAUGAUCCUUCAGAAAAGGAUUCCUGUGUUUAAAAAUAAAUUACUUUUUGUGUUACUGAAGUAUUUAAUAAGAAGCAUUUUGCAUUCUAGAAAGUAUGUUUGUGUUGGUUUUUUAAGAAGUCUAAAUGAAGUUAUUAAUACCUGAAGCUUCAAGUUAAGUGCAUUGAUCAUAUGAUAUUUUUGGAAGCAUAAAAUUUUAAUUGUGAAAAAUUUAAGACCUCUUUUAGUCCAUUGAGAAUGUAAAUAAAUGUGUCUUCUUUAUGGACCAAGGAUAUGAAAUCAUUUUUCCUCUGUAGCUAAUGGUUGCCUUGAGGAAGAAAUAAUUUGGUUUUAAUAAGAGUCUACUUUUAGUCCAAUUAUUAAAGGUGUACUGAGUUUGAUUUGUUAAUUCUUUCCUAUAUAGUGCUGAUUCCUGCAUGUCUGCAAUCUGCUGAGUUUCUGUGUAUCUGCAGUAAUGGUCAGAAAAAUACUUAAAUUUCCUUAACGGUAUUGUUUUCUAUUUGUUCUGGUUUUGAGGUAAAUGAGUAAUUCUGUCCUAAAAUGUCCAUUUUUGAUGUAAUUUUCCCUGAGGGUUAGGCUGUUCAGCAAUUGAGGCUCUUCAUUCAUGGUAGCAACUGUCAGCUAACAGGUUUUGUUUAAAGGCUCUUUAACUCUUUGAUGGAAUGGGGCAUGGUCAAUUUAUGAAAGGAUUAGAGUGAUAAAUCAAUAAUAUAUAUAUGCAUAUAUAGUCCAUAAGAAAAUAAAUUUGGCUUAUAGAAUGACUUAUUACAAUGUCCCUGAAGAGAUCCUAUAUUAUUUUAUAUAAGAUUGUCCAGAACUUAAGUUUGAUCUGUCAGCCAGUAUUCUCACUAAAUUCAGUUUGGUUUCACUUGGGAAUUGAAUCUUUUAUUGAAAUAUUAGUAGCAGCAUCAUCCUUCUUCUGAUAAGUAGGUAGAAAUUGGAUGUCUUCUUAAGUAAUAUCCAUAGUGUGUGUAUAGACCACAGUGGAUAUUGUAGGCUAGAACCAUAGAUUAUAAAUGUCAGUGCUGUGGAAUGUGUAUCUUCUGUGUGUUGUUCUGUGGCAUUGUUGUCUUUCUGGAAUGACUUCCUAACCAUGCAGAAAGGCAGAAGAGUUGUCAUAUGUAUAUAGCAUAUGACUUUAUAAAAUAUUUAAUGUGAGAAAAUAUGGAAAGAAUCUUGACAAACCCUGCAAUUAUUUUUUUAAGUGUACUUUUACUCUUUGGUUUUAUUAUUCCAUUUUGCUAAUAUUUAUUAGCUUUAUAAAUCAUAAUAAGGUACAAAAACUUUCAUCUUGUAAUUUUUUUCAUUUUUGAAAUGAAAAAGUACAUGCAUUUUGCACUAAGUGCUUAUUAAGCUGGGGAGGCAAGAUGAUUAUUAGAUUGAGGUGAGGCCGUGGAGCCCUGGGCUGCAGGGUGGGCCCUGCCUCUAUCUCCUUGGGUCAAAUGAGGGGCAUGGGAUGCAAGACCUGUGAGGUCUCUUCCAGCUCUGAGCCUGUGCACUUCUAGUCACCCUGUAGUAAAUACAUGUUGAAUGAAGAAAUGGGUGAAUGAGGUUGCCAGUGUGAUUUUAAAAGAGACCUGAAGGAAUGAUAAGGAAUCAAUAGAGAGAUGGCCCUGGUAUCCACAGGUUCCUCAUCUGUGGAUUCAACCAACUUUGAGUCAAAAAUAUAUUUUUUUAAAAAGUUGCAUCUGUAUUGAACAUGUACAGAAUUUUUUCUUGUCAUUCUCUAAACAAUACAGUAUAGCAACUAUUUGCAUAGCAUUUACCUUGUAAUAGGUAUCAUAAGUCAUCUGCAGAUGACUCAAAGUGUACAGGAGGGUGUUGGUAGACUAUAAGCAAAUAAUAACACCAUUUUAUAUCAGAAACUUGAACAUCCACACAGAUUUUGGUGUCUGCAGGGAUCCUGGAAGCAAUCCCCUAUGGAUACUGAGGGAUAACUAUGUAGGUAAGACUGGAUUUGAGAGAGAGAGAGAGAGACAAACAGAGACAGAGACACAGAGAGAGAGGAGAAAGAGAAAGUCAGAGUGCAAAGUACAAUUUGAGGGAGCACUAUCCUGCCCAGACUGUAGAGGAUUGAAGACUUGUUGUUUGCUUGCGUGCCUGGUUUCAAAGCUCGGGAUCUGGAGGCAAUUUUAACUGGGAGGGGCCUCAUCCAUCAAUGAUUUCUGAUGACAUUUUCUUCAGAUGGAGCUUUAUGUCCUUGGGGAGGGAGCACUAAGGAAAGAGAUGCUAGGGGCCAGCUCUGGUGGUUCCCAGGGAGCUUCCCUUGCCGCUGGAACCCUAAGGCCUGCAGGGACAGCUUCCCCCCAUGUCUGCUCUGGUUCUCUCUGAGUCAUCCCUCCUUGUUUAUUCUUCCAUUUGAGCCUGGUUUGUCAGGUAGGGCAUAAUCCAGGCUGAGUUGCAUGGCACAGGGGCCAAUGUGCCUAUUGAUUUAUUUAAUUUUUAGCCUUACGUUCUCUUUAAUAUUUUCCUGUUGGCUUUUUAAAUGUUUUGAUAUUCUUUGUUUCUUAUCAUGUCUACAAUCAAGAUGACAAUAUAAUGGAAUCAACUUCUUUAGAACAUAGUUCGUGAUUGGUAGCUACAAGUAGACAAUGUAACAAGUCAUGUUCCCCACCUCCAAAUUAGUACUGUGUGUGAUGGGGGAGGAGGAGGGAAAGGGAAGGAGGGAAGGAGAGCGAGGCUGAAUGUGUCAGGCCCUCACUAUCAGCUUUAUAAAGGAGUUUGACUACAUCCACAAAAGAAUGUUCAGUUAGAUUGGAAAAACACAUUGACACCUAAGAGAAACAGUAACAAAAAUCAAUUUAAUAUAGUUACAGUUGCUAAGGAUUUUCUCCUUAGAACAGCUUAAGAUUUUUAAAUUUUUAUUUGCCAAAUGCUGUAGAUAAAUGUCCAAGUUCUUACUAUCCCUGGGAUCCAUUUAUUUUUCACAUAAUCGGAGAACAAGGGGAAGAUAUAGCAAUUAACCUUAUGGAACGCGUAUUGUCAUCCAAAUUCCUGGUUGUUUGAACAUGGCAUCUUCAUAAAUUCUGGAGUCACCAACCCCCAUAGCUGGAUCUUGAAAGUUUUCUAGCUAGAUAAUUUUGCAUCUAGUCAGAUGAUCUUAGACCAACCUGUGAGUGGAGGAUAACGUAUCAGGCCUUGGCUGAGUGACUGCCAACCAAGAAGUAUUUCUUGGACAUGUAUUAGGCUCCUUGGAUUGUGUCAGAGGGAAUAUGGGACUUGGUCUCUGCCCCACAUAAUAUCAACUACAGAACGUAGCUGAAGUGCAGGGGUAACAGGGCUGGGGAAGCUUUGGGAGGCAGUGUGGUGGAACAUAAAAAGUCAUGGACCGAGGAUGCGAGACCUGGGUGCUAGCCCCUUUUCUGUCACUUGCUCUGUAGCCUUAGACAAUCUUGACUUUCAUGAGGGGUUGGACUUAUGUAUUUUUUCUUUAGGAAGAAAACUAAAACAAAACCACGUUCCUGGGUCCUAGGCUAUGACUGCUGAGUUUGACUCUUUGUGAAGAAGGCCUAGGAAUUCUGUCAGUAAAAAGCUCACCAGGUAAAAGUGACCGGUCAGGUUGGAAAUCCACUCACUGGAAGAUCUCAAAGGUCCCUUCUCUUUUUUGAUUGUGUGAUCAUAUAAUGUUAUUGUAUCAGUUAUUCUACAUAAAUGUGGGUACUUAUGUUUGUCAUAUUGUUCAUCUGUGUUUACAUAUGCAUUUAUAUAAGAAAUGCAUUUUAGUGUACAUACCUCAACCUGCUGUUCCCAAGGGUUUUAAUAGUCUGCAGAACACAAAUAAGUCAUAAGAGGAUAUUUGAUGGAUAUUUUCCUUUCAUUUUAUUUACUUAGGGAAAAUUGAGGUUCCGAGAGCCAAAGAAAUAGAAAAAACAAAAUUCUCAUGUAAAAUUAAAGAAAAAAUGACAGUAUUUCUUACUAUUUGCUGCUUUAUGAUGAAAAUUUUAAAAUCAUAUUGGAAGAUUUUUCUCUGAUCAUAAAGUAAGAUGUCCUUGUAAAAGUAGGUGGGCCAUAAGGUCUGUGAUUAAAAAUAAUACCACUUUCUCUAGGUGGUGGUGAUAUGAGUAACACACCCACAAUUCUCCAUCGGUGGAAAGAGCACUUGACUUCCCCAGGCGAGCGGGCGGUGGGGGAGUAGGGGGGUGUCGACACGGACACUCAUGUGCAGCAGAGGGGCUGGGGAGGCACACAGGUGUGACCCUGGAAAUAGAUGUGCGGGGCCCUGUGAAGACAGGUUUCUGUGGUCUCCAGAGUGUCCCUCUUGUUGAGGACGAGGACUUUAGGGAGGGAGGCUUCCUGCAGGGAGUCGACUGCACCACACUCUGCUGUCCUUUCAUAUGUCAUACUGGGGACAAGAGGCCGGAGGCCAGGAAAGGACUGUCCAUCCUGUUUUCAGUCCUGAGCAGCGGAAGGGUUUCUCUCGAGUCAGAAAGCCGUGGCAGAAGGUUAACCAGCAGAUGUCCCCGAGGAUUGUGAAAAGGUGGGAGAGAAAGGUAUUCCUCCUUCCCGACCAUGGGAAACAUGACCUUGUUAGCCAAGUUACUUGAGGACUCCAUCUGAUUGGGGGCCCUUUGGCUUGGCAAUGGCAUUUUGGUUUCACCAUGUUUUAAAGUCUUCAUUCUUCCUAUGACUUGCAUCAGGAGAAGGGUCAGUCAUGGAGGGGUGGUCCUUUCAAGCACCACGGCUUCAGAUCCAAUCCUCUCAUACUUUGAGAUACUGUCCUCUUCCACUUUGUGUGUAUUCUGGAGGGAUUAUGUUGGAGACUCAACCGCCUUGGGUGUUAUUUCACAAAAUGGCCUAGUACUGUGGAAUUUUAACUUCAGACAGGCUUAGCAUCAUAUCAUACACAUUCAUUAAAAAAAAAUUCAUUUGAAGCUUCCCAGGGAAGUUGUGGUUAUUAGACUGGUAUCAAGGAGCAUAUUUUGUACUGCUUUCCCAUUUCUGGUAUCUUGUUCAACAUUUUUAGAUUUUUUUGCCUGAACAACAUCCUAUAUUUAUGACAACAUUCUUUAAGAAUAACACGACAUAAAAUAUCCCUUUACUAUCAGAUUGUUCUGAUUUAGCCUUAAUUUUGUUAAAUUUUUUAGAGAUGAAUGAAGUGCUGCUGUGGAAAGAAAUGUACUAUAUAUUAUUACUGUACCAUUAAAAUUAAAUUUUUAUGGUUC